UGGAAGACCUGCCGACCGAGGCAUGACGUCACUUCCUGCUGGUUCGGAAGAGGCGGAGCCAGGACUUCUCUCCGCCCCCAGGGGUCAGGUGGGGGCGGGGCUACGGUGCCAGGGAUGCUCUGGUCCUUUUCAAGCUUCUCAGCUGUGGGAAGGUAUUAUUCACUCUCUUCAGGCCCAAGUGGAAAUGAAAAGAAGGAGGCAUCAUUUAAGAACAUACAAAGACUGUUUUACUGGUUCUGAUGCUGUCGAUGUGGUCUUAAGUCAUCUUAUGCAAAACACGUGCCUAAGUAGCAACGACAUCUCUCGUCUUAAAGGAGUUCAUCUUUGCCAAGUUUUAAUGAAUCACAAAGUAUUUGAACUAGUAGGAAUGAAGAAGCUUUUCAAAAAUGAAAAGGAAUUGGAAUUUGAAGAUUCCAACAAUAGUCUCUACAGAUUUCUAGGCAAUAAAUCAUCUUAUGCUCACUGCAAAACACAAAAGGAUGCUGAGAAUGAGUUCACUGAUGAAAUAAAAGCAAAAGUACCUUUAAGGUUAGUGUUACCUAAGAUACUGUAAUAUAUUUUCUUUAUAUCCUAGAAGAACUAUAUUGAGCUAAACUCAAAUGCUUACUUUGUUUUUUUCAGAAGCCAAUAAAAGA